GUACGCUUUACCCAGCAUUUGCCGUGCCGUCAACGCCCACUACGUUGACGAUUAUUUAGACAGUGUAGAUACGGUUGAUGAAGCGGUUCAACCGGUAAAAGAAGUAAAAUAUGUACACGCGCAAGGAGGAUUCGAUAUCAGAAACUUUUUAUCAAACUCCUCCGAAGUUCUGCGACGUUUGAACCAGACCGAGAACGUACAGGACAAAUCGAUGAACUUGGACAAGAUUGCGGACGCCGAGCGUAUCCUAGGGAUGAUAUGGAGACCUGCCGCGGACGUAUUCACCUUCGAUAGCAUUAUAAAGGAUGACCUCGUAAAGCUACUAGUGGAAGGACACACGCCAACGAAACGUCAAGUCUUAAGGCUUGUUAUGUCGCUGUUCGACCCAUAUGGAUUCAUCGCACAUUUUACAGUACACGGCAAGAUUCUUAUGCAACACAUUUGGAGAUCUGGUACGGAUUGGGAUGAAAAGAUUGUAACAGGCUUGCAUGAACUAUGGAAGGAUUGGACGCGGCUCUUGAGGCGAUUGGGUGAAGUCGAAGUUCCUCGUUGUUUCUUCGGUGCGGCAAGUAGUAAGCUGCACAGCGGAUUGCAACUCCAUGUGUUUGUCGAUGCAAGCGAAUUGGCGUACGCAUGUGUUGUGUAUCUUAGGAUUCGCCAAGAAGGAAAGGUGCGAUAUGUGCUCGUUGCGGCAAAGACGAAGGAGGCCCCACUAAAGCCGCUGUCCAUCCCUCGCUUAGAACUGCAGGCCGGCCUGAUAGGCUGCCGAUUGAUGGAGAAUGUCUGUACAGCAUUGCAGUUGACAAUAGAGAAGCGAUUUAUUUGGACUGAUUCAAGAACAUCACUUUCGUGGAAUAGAUCGGAUAGCCGACGUUAUCAUCCCUUCGUGAGCUUUCGUGUCGGCGAGAUUCUGAAUAUUUCCACAGUGAACGAGUGGUAUUACGUCCCGUCAAAACAGAACGUAGCUGAUGAUGGAACUAAGUGGGGAAUUGGACCGAGUUUCAGCCCGAACAGCCGCUGGUACACCGGUCCUAAUUUUCUCUCCUUGUCGGAAAACGAAUGGCCCGAGCAACCAGCUAAGCAGUCGACAAAAGAAGAGGAAGUACGAGUCGUGUUUCAGCACCAUCGAAAAAUGCCGCAACCUUUGAUUGACGGGAACAGAUUUUCGAACUGGAAUCGUGUGUUACGAGCGACCGCGUACGUGUUACGAGCAGCGAAGAUUUAUGGAAAAAGAGGCCACACUGGGCCGCUUUCCCGAGAGGAGCUGCAGCAGGCGGAAACCAUGUUGUGGCGGCAAGUACAGUGUGAAACAUUCCCCGAUGAGUACCGUACGUUGGAGUUCAACAAAAAUAACCCAAAGGAGCAGUCAAAGCGAAUUGAGAAGUGUAGUCCGCGGUAUAAGCAGUCCCCGUAUAUGGACGAUGAUGGCGUUGUGAGAAUAAACAGCAGGAUUGAGGCCGCUCCCGGCGUGUGCAUUGAAACAAAAUACCCUGUCAUAUUACCGAAAGACAACAAGCUAUCCGCCCUGCUCGUCGAUAGUUAUCACCGUCACUUUAAACAUCAGAACCGUGAAACGGUGUUCAACGAGAUUCGUCAGCAGUUUCGUAUUCCGAAGCUGCGUUCUCUGAUACAACGCGUCGCCAAAAACUGUCAGCACUACAUGGUUCAAAAGGCUGUACCUAAGCCACCGAUGAUGGCACCACUUCCGAAAGUUCGAUUGACGCCCCAUAUUCGAGCUUUCAGCCACACCGGACUGGACUACUUCAUUCCAAUCCUUGUGAAGCAGGGGCACAAUCUAGCAAAGCGCUGGGUUGCACUGUUUACGUGUGGCGGUGCAUCUGGAAAUAGUGCACAGUCUCUCCAUGCAGUCCUGUGUGAUGGCGAUUCGCAGAUUUUGUGCACGCAGAGGAUUUCCAUCUGA